CUUCGAUCCUUCGACUUGUUGUGUACGAAGACUUCACACUGCUUAGAAUCGUCAGAGUAAUGUCUUGAUAUCUUCCAUCCCCGUUCUGCGCACCUGCGCCCCUGCGCCCCUGCGCCCCUACGCUUGCUUCAGUCAUCACUCAAUCAUCAACCACCCUCGCAGCACCACGCAGUCUACCACCAACCAUGGCAAACCCUCAGUCCGAGGAUCCCUUUCUCGAAGUCCAAAGCGACGUGCAAACAACUCUGACGGCCACCCGCCACCUGUUCUCAUCCUAUCUACGCAUUCGCACACUAUCCACCUCACCAACAUCUCCAGAACUAGUGCAGUCACGAGCCGAGCUCCGAACCAACCUCGAGACCCUGACAUCGGACCUGGGCGAGUUGUUAGAAUCCAUAUCUGCCGUGGAGUCGGAUCCAUACAGGUUUGGUCUGGACGUGGCCGAGGUGCAACGCAGGCGCCAAUUUGUGCGCGAUGUCGGCGAGGAGGUCGAGAGUAUGCGGCAGGAGCUUGGAGGUGUCACCACUGCUGCAGGUGGGAGUAAUGAACGGGGAGAUGGUGGCGGGAGUAAGAAUGGACAGCCAGACAACAACAAUAACAACGGCAUUAGACGGUUAGACUGGGAUGCCGAUCGAGACGAUAAUGACGACGAUGACGAUGAUCCAUACGGCGCCUUUGAGGCACAACAGCAGCAGGUCAUGAUGGCGGAGCAAGAUGAACAGCUCGACGGCGUCUUCCAAUCCGUCGGCGUCCUCAGAGGCCAGGCUGUCGACAUGGGCCGCGAACUCGAAGAACAAGGUCACAUGCUCGACGACGUCGAUGCCCUUGCCGACCGUGUCGGUGGCAAGUUGCAGGUUGGUGUCAAGCGUGUUGGCGAGGUCAUUCGCCGCAACGAAGAUACAGUCAGCAAUUGUUGCAUCGCCGUCUUGAUCGUCGUUUUGAUCAUUCUACUCAUCUUGCUGAUCGCUCUAUGAAGCUAGCAUGGCUUAACACCACCGCAGAAGGCGCGGCACGUUCCAUACAGUGUGGAGGACCGGUCUCGAAGAGGGAUCAUGCGUCCAUGUUCAACGUUCUCAUUCCCCACUAGUAAUCUAUCUUGCCAUCUCUCUCGAAAGUCCAUCGGAGUUUGCCAUCAAAGCGACAAGACACCCCAAGAUCCGACCAUGCAAACUCCCAACGACUUUUGGACCCAUAUCUUCAUUUACUAAUGUGCACAAUACAAGGACAUUACAACGACGCACGACAUCUCCUCAAGCCUUGCGCUGUUUCUUGUGCGGUCGGUCUUGGUCGGCGUCAUCCUCAUCCUCAUCCUCCGCCACUUCAACAAGCUCAGGCGCAUUCUCGUCAUCAGACGGCUCACCCUCGUCCAUUCCAUCAAAAUCGUCGGCGACCUCUUCUUGGGCUGACACUACGCAUGGGUUAGUAUGAAGAGGAUUUCCAAUCACGCGGGAUGGCGGAGACAUACCGAAAUAAUCUAUGGCGUCUGGCCACAGUUCCUCAGCCAAAGCAAUGGCAACCUCUUCACCAGCGGGGAACACUUCGACCUCGAGCAACUCGGAGAAUUCGUCAUCAUCUUCGUCCUCCUCCUCGGCGCCGUCAAGACCGUUUGCGUCCACUGAUUUUCCCUUGUCUGUCGCAUUGACAGCGCCACGGAAGCCAAACCAAGCGAAGAAGCUUGUCUCCAUGUCGGCAUCUUCGUCGAGCUGGGACAGUUUUUCCCGGAGCUUCUCAUACUGCCAUAGUGCCUCUCGAUCGACAAUGUUAAUCUCCUUGUCAUCGCCACUCUUCAAUUUCAAGACCUCCUCGGCCUGGUACAACUCGGCUGCUGCAUUCAACAACCCGGAUGUCAGAUCCUUCUUCUUGUUCUUGAACUUGAUUGCGACAGGUUUAGACACCAUGCUCCCUGGGCCGGCCUCCGCCGCGUGAUACUCGAAUUCUUUUACCAACUUCUUAUCCUCGAUGAUGUCAUUGUCGGCGAACUCGAAGGUGAACCGCAGAGAUCUCGGCUCGCCAUCGGUUUCAGACUUGAUUUGAUACCGCUCGACCGAGAAGGAGGUGAUUGAGGAGAGAAGUUGAAGGUCGUUGGGUGAGAUGAACUGUCGGACAUCCUCGGGGCCGUUGCCAAAGACGGUCGGCCAGAAAUCAGGGACUCGGGAGAGUAGCUUGUUCCGGCGCGCGUAGAGGGGCUUCAAGGCUUGUUCUUUUCGUCGCACUGUGAGCGGAGAGCUGUGUCAGCAACCGGCGUCAAAAUAUUGAAGUUAGAUUGACGGUUCGCCUGUCGCAGUUAUACUUACAGGCAUCGAUUUCCACCUCGGCGAAUGAUCUUUCCAAGGUGCCCAACUCUUGGAAAAUGUUUGUCACGUCUUCCGUCGAGGUUGCCAUGAUGAAUUGUUGACGCGACAAGUGAAGUCGAGAUGUGGUAGAUCUCAAACAAUGAACGGAGAUGUAAUGUGUCCAGACGGACCUCGGAUAUCACUCUGAUAGACCGAUUGGAAUCUAGAUCGAUACGGAUCUUCGUGUAGGAUCAGUGUGUCAAAGAUUUCACCUUUGGUUCAAACGAUGAGAACUCGAAUCAUUAUUCACGGCGCAACCAAACGAGGCUGGUCG